AUGGCUGGGGUAUUAGCAGCGAACACCAAGACCCCGUCUCCAGACCCUGAAUUAGGGAUCGAAGCCGAUGAAUACGACGACAAUGACUCUGCGCUCGGCAACCUUCAGAGCUCAACAACUUCAAUCAGCUCCUCCGACCGUUUAGAUCUCCAGCAUCACUUCUUCACUCUAACAUUCGACGGGAAACUGUUUAUUUGCAAUGUCGACAAGGGUGAGAAACAGGUCUAUCGGGUGCUUGAUGCUGGCUGUGGGACGGGAAUAUGGGCAAUUGAUUUCGCGGAUGAGCAUCCCGAUGCCGAGGUUCCAGGGAUCGAUCUCAGUCCCAUUCAGCCAGCGUUCAUACCCCCGAAUGCUACUUUUGUAGUUGAUGAUUUGGAGCAGGAAUGGGCUUUCAGCAAUAAGUUCGACUUUAUUUAUAUGAGGAUGUUGUCGGCUUCAAUUCUGGACUUUCCUGCCAUGUUCAAGAACAGCUUUGAGAAUCUCAACCCAGGCGGCUACAUAGAGUUGGCAGACAAGUGCCUACCCAUGCUUUCGGACGAUGGAUCUCUGCUGCCCACCUCAGCGCUACAACAGUGGUCCGACUUCACCAUUGAAGGAACUAGCGAAGUGGGUCGGUCAAUUACUGCAGCGAGCGAGUACAAGAAGCAGCCAGAGGAAGCCAGUUUCAUCAAUGUCGUGGAGACUGGGACAAAUGGCCGACAAACCCCUGGCCAAAAGAUCCAAAGGUUAUGGACAUACGAGAAUCUGGCCCCUGGGCUUGAAGGUUUCAGCUUGGGCCUCUUUACUCGCGUGAAGGGUUGGAAGAAGGUCCGGAACGAUAUGAAUGACAGGAAAAUUCAUGCUUACUUGCCGAUAUACGUUGCAUCUGGACAGAAGCCACCAGAGGAACCUUAA